AAGGAGAUGGCCCAAGGGUUUAGCAAGUCCUCCUCGCCGUCAACCUCGACCGACCGCCGCCGGCCGCCUCUCGUUCCCCGCUUCUCGCCCCGCCGCGCCGCCGCGGACUUCUCUGUGUAUCAACUGGCGGUUGAGCUUGAGCCCCCUUUUGGAUUUGGGAAGCCGAGCCCCCCAAGUCCCCAACCCUAGGCAAGGGGACUACUCGUCGGCGGCGACGAUGCCGAGCUUCCCCCCGCCGGGCGGCGUCACGGUAUGCGAGAUCAACCGCGACCUCGUCGUGGCGGACUCCCUGUCGGAGGAUCGCGCCAAGGAGGCCUACGGCGAUCUCCUCGGGAUGAUCUUCAGCCCGAUUCCUUUCCAGCCGGAUGAUCUCCUGACGAGGCAUGAGGCUCCUGCUCCCGAGGACGCGGUGGAGCCCGACGCUGCCAGAACAAGUUUGGUGUCCACCAUGGCCGAGUCCUUCAAGCAGAUGCUCUUCCCUUCUUGCGACCCAAAGCUGCUAGAAGAAUUUGAUACCCAGAAAGUAAGUUGGAACCCACACAAGCACUGCUUAGCGUUUGUAUCUGGGAAGGACCAGGUCACGGUGCAUGACUUUGAGGAUUCAGAUGGUAAAGAAUCGUGCAUUCUAACAAGUGAACAUCAAAAGGAAGUUAAAGCUAUUGAAUGGAGGCCAAAUAGUGGGAAGAUGAUUGCAGUUGGCUGCAAGGGAGUUAUAUGCCUCUGGUCAGCAUCAUAUCCUGGCAAUGUUGCAUCCGUGAAAUCUGGUGUCACCUCUUCUUCUUUUGGUGCCUUCCCUAGAGGUUCUCGUGGUCAAUGGGUACUAGUGGAUGUUCUUCGUGGCACUUCUACUGAGCUAGUUAGUGCACUUUGUUGGAAGCCUGAUGGAAGAUACUUGGCCUCAGCCUCUUGUAAUGGUCAAUCAUUCACGAUUUGGGAUGUUUCUCAAGGGUUGGGAUCUCCUAUAAGGCGCGGAUUGAGUAGUAUAUCAUUGGUGCGGUGGUCACCUAGUGGCGAUUACUUUUUAACUGCUAAAUUCGAUGGAACUUUUCACUUAUGGGAAACCAACACAUGGACAUCAGAACCCUGGUCUUCGUCUAAUGGAUAUGUAACUGGAGCAAAUUGGGACCCAGAAGGUCGUGUUGCAUUGUUAUCCUUUUCUAACUCGACCACAUUAGGCUCAAUUCACUUUUCAUCAAAGCCACCAUCUUUAGAUGCCCAUCUCCUACCAGUGGAACUUCCAGAAAUUUCCUCUCUGAUUGUUAGCCGAGGCAUAGAGAAGUUAGCAUGGGAUGCUUCAGGAGAGCGUCUGGCAUUGUCAUUCAAAGAUGGUAAUGAAACAUAUCAUGGUCUUGUGGCUGUCUAUGAUGUGAGGAGGUCUCCACUUAUCUCAGUCUCGCUAGUUGGAUUCAUCAGAGGACCUGGAGAAGGCGUCAAGCCGCUUGCAUUCGCCUUCCACAACAAAUUCAAGCAAGGACCUUUGCUCUCUGUGUGCUGGAGCAGUGGCUGGUGUUGCACAUACCCGUUGAUUCUCCGAUCUCACUAAUUCCCUUGGAGCAUGCAUGGGGAUUCAAGAUGGUUCGGAACUUUGAUUUAUUUAUUUUUGCGUGGAGAGUCCCUUGCAACUUUUUCAAAAGGAGGUUGACAUUGUUUGUAUCUGUGAGGUGAAUUCCAUUGGCUAUUUGGCUAACUGGUGUAGUUAGUGUGGUUUUCUGACUUCUAAUUGUUGCACCGGAUCGAGGUUACUGAACUCUGUAUUUUCUUUGCCUUUUAUGCUUGUUCAAAUCGAGAUGUAUCUGGUGGGGUUGUCUAUCUGCCCUCAUGAGUUCUUUAGCGAUCAACAUACGUUUGGCCCACAAUCUCACAAGACAGAUGAGUUUGUGGAUGGUGUUUAGUUUUA